GUCAGAUUAUUGUUAUCCUUGAGUGAGUGAGGCCCAAAGGCAGCAGCACGUACAGAGCAAGCGAAGGGAGAACUCAAGCGAGGGAGGCAGAGGGCGAAGCUAAGCAAGCAGCUAGCUGCUCACUGCUUGCUCUGUGCUGGUCGUUUGCUCUGUGCUGGUCGCGUUCCGUUUGCAGGAACUCCUUGCCUGGUGAUGGACAGGCACACCUGCAGGCUCUGCUUCCGGCGGUUCCACAACGGCCGCGCGCUGGGCGGCCACAUGCGCUCCCACGUCAUGGCCGCGUCGUCGGCUGCAGCGCGCUCGCCGCUGCCGCGGCAGCAAUCGCCGCCGUUCUCCCUGGCGUCCACCUCGUCGACGGAGAUGGGCGACGGGCCGGCGCGGCAGAAGCCACUCGCGGCGCCGUGCGUCGCACGCGAGGGCGCCACGAAAGCGUUCGGCUUUCCUGGACUCUCCGGCGGCGGCAGGCCCGCCCGCGGCGAGUCUUCGGUCGUGCAGGACGGGGAGAGCGACACGGAGUCGUCCCCGCGGUUCGCCGUGAGCCGGCGACGCUCAAAGCGGGCGCGCCGGCGCGCGCCCCCGCCGGCGGUGGCGUCCUCCGAUCCCGAGCAGCCAGCGAGCAGCGUCUCCGACGCGACGCCGGAGGAGGACGUGGCCAUGUCGCUCGUCAUGCUGUCCCGGGACUCGUGGACGCGGUCCAGAUCCGGCUGGGGCCCGGCGAGCUCGGAGGCGGCGGAGCAGGACCACGACGACGACGGUGUCCGCUCGCUCGUCGGCGCGGACUAUGCCGAUCACGAGCACGGCGUCGCGCGCUCGGACCACGGCAGGCACCAGUGCGGCGCGUGCAGGAAGGUGUUCCGGUCGUACCAGGCGCUCGGCGGCCACCGCGCCAGCGUCAAGAGAGGAAAGGGCGGGUGCGUGCCGGUGCCGGUGCCGCCUCCCGCCGCGCCGUCGUCCAAGGCUCGCCGCGCCGAGAACGGCCCGGCGGUCCACGAGUGCCCGUUCUGCUUCCGCGUGUUCGAGUCGGGACAGGCCCUGGGCGGCCACAAGCGCGCGCACAUGCCGUCCGGCGCGCCCGCCCCACGGCCCCCGUCCCCUUGGACGCCAGCGAAAUGCGGCGACAGCUCCAUGUCCAUCGACCUCAACGUGCCGGCCGCGACGGACGACGACUUCGAGCUCUCCGCCGUGUACGACACCGAGUUCGGCGGCAACAGACAGUGAGGCCAGCUGCUGACCCGAUCCGACCGAUACUUACUGCUACGACGCCAACUUCAGACCGGCUGAUGCUCUUGCGCAGCUGCUGCGGUAAAGGGCUUGGGUCCCUUCCAAUCCAUGCAAGAAUUAGACGGAGAGUAACAGUUGAGCAUUUUUUUUUGUUUUGUUUUGUUUUGUUUGGUCUGUUACUCCACUGCGAUUGUUAGUCUGGCAGGUACGUACCUAAAUUAGAUGAGCAGUACAUUCAUAUUAUUUUCGUUCUCUUGUAGGAGUACCAAAAAAUCGAAGUGGCCCAUU